GCCAUUCAGCCGUCCUCUCUCUCUCUCUCUCUCUCUCUCUCUCUCUCUCUCCCCUGUCCUCCCCGAUUCCCAAUCUCGCUCUCAAGUCGCAGCAGCACUCAGCAUCGCGGCGGCCGGGGCCCGGGGCAACGGCGACGAGGCGGCGCGCCGGCAGCGCGGGCGCAUCGGCUCCAAGCAGAUACUCAAAUAUUCCCUGUUAACUAGAGUAUCUUCCCCUUCCCUUGGCGUAAAAGAAAAAAAAUCUCCCGUCUCGUCUCCUCCGCUCCUUGCGCCAUCUCGCUGCUGAACAGGGGAGGGGCGCCGAUCUCCAUCCGGCGAGCAGAGCAGGGGAGGGGGAGGGGAGGGGAUCCUGAGCCUUGACAUGGCAGAGAAAUUGGGACCUGAGAAGCGGCACGCCUUCGUCCACAACGGGCAGAAGGUCUUUGAGUGGGACCAAACACUGGAGGAAGUGAACAUGUACAUUGAGCUCCCCAAGGGUGUGCCCACCAAGCUCUUUCACUGCGCCAUCCAGGCCACUCAUGUUGAGGUCGGCAUCCGCGGCAAUCCACCCUACCUCAACCAUGACCUGACACUCCCAGUGAAGACUGAUUCAUCAUUCUGGACAAUAGAGGAUGGUGAAAUGCACAUCACACUGCAAAAAAGAGAGAAGGGGAAAACAUGGUCAUCUCCAAUACAAGGCCAAGGUAGCUUAGAUCCAUAUGCUGCAGACCAAGAACAAAAACGGCUUAUGCUGCAAAGGUUUCAAGAAGAGAAUCCAGGAUUCGACUUCUCCCAGGCUCAGUUCACCGGAACCUGCCCUGACCCAAGAACCUUCAUGGGUGGAAUUCGCUCUGACUGAAGCUUGGCCCAACGUCAUGUAUCUGGCUAAAUGAUGUUGCUAACCUCACAGUGGCUUGUCAAAUAAUCAAAUGUGGUGGCUGUACAUAUCUCGCAUCUGUAAAUUGUGAAAUUCGCCGGUUUCCUAUGGCUGCCUUUGUGCCUUAGAAAUAAUGGUGAAUGUUUGGCCUAUCAAUCGCCGAGCCAGACGUAGGAUUCUGAAGUUAUUUAUUCACUUAUUGAUCUAGCAUCCUUGAUGAUGUAGUAAGUUUGUGAUCACCAGGUACUUGUGACUGUUCGAAUGAAAAUAUACCAUCUACCCAUGCCGGGUCAUUUCAAAAUUCA